AUGAAUAUUUCAAGGUCCAACUUUGCGGAUAAUCUCCCCGAGAUUGUCGAUCAAAUAAAUAAGUCAUACUUUGUGACAUUUGAUCUUGAACUAUCUGGGAUUCAUACGGGCUCAAAGAACUCAGUCCAGGGACGACGACAGACCCUCCAAGAACGAUACAAAGAGAUUAAAGAAGCUGCCGAACGCUUUCAAGUCAUUCAAUUCGGAAUUUGUAUCGUCAGUGUGGACAAAAACGAGAACAAAUAUAUCUUGCGUCCCUACAACUUCAAUGUCUCGCCCAUCAGUGAAAACAAGUUCGGCCUUAAUCGUGAAUAUACAGUUCAAGCCAGUGCCCUCGAAUUUCUCGCCGAGCACAACUUCAACUUCAAUACGCAACUUAUCAGCGGAGUGCGCUAUUUGAGCCAUGACGAAGAGAAGCAAAUCAUCGACCGUGAAGAUCGUCUAGCCAGUGAGCCAAAGGAGGAUAUCAGUGUCGACGAGCAAUCGAAGCAGUUUGUUGCAGACUUUAAGCAAAACAUCCAGGAAUGGCUAGACGACCCAAAUCCGCUAUAUGACUUUCUCAAUAUCACUACUCCAAGCCAGUGCAUGAACGGAUACCAAAAGCGCCUGGUCCACCAGAUUGUCCGUGCCGAGUUCCCUAGCUUGGCUACAAUUGGAAAGCCAACCUUUGUGCAGGUCGUCAAGAAUGACCCUGCCGCCGAUAAGUUCAAGAGGGAAGAGCGACGUGCGAAGUUUGACAAGGACCUGCAGAAGGCUAUUAGCCUCAGGCAUCUCAUUGACGCACUGUUCAAGAGCAAGAAGCCGCUUGUGGGUCACAAUCUCAUCACUGAUCUUGUAUAUCUUUAUCAGUGCUUCAUUGGCAAUCUGCCUGACACAGAAAAAGAGUUUGCUGCAAUCAUCCAUGCGGCGUUCCCUGUUGUACUAGACACAAAGUACGUCGCCACUUGUGUCGGCGAUACACUCCACAACAGCUCCAAUCUGCAAGGCCUCUUUGAAUCCUUUGCAUUGCAGAAACUCCCCACCGCCGAGCUUGCAAUCGGUCACACCAGUUAUAGUCUCCGAGACUGUGCCCACGAAGCGGGAUACGACGCCUACAUCACCGCAUACGUCCUGCUCAAGGCUGCAGGUAGAUACAACAGCUACUUGCAGGCUUUCAAAAAGGAAGGUGAGAGCAAUGCGGAGGAGAUGGCCGCUGCCAAGCUUAUGGAGCAUAUCUACUACACUGAGCUCAUGAGUGAGGAGUCCAAGCACAUUGAGGACGAGGGAUUCCUUCCGCCGUUUGGCAAGAAUGGUUUUGGCGGUUUUUGGGCGAGCUGGUGCAAUAAACUGAGGGUGAACGGAACUGCCGAGUCCGAAUUCAUUCUCAAGUGA